CACAGGCUCGUGGCCGAGCUCGGGGACGUGGAGCCCGCGCGUCCUUCUGGGGGGUCGGCGAAGACCCGGCUCCGCGCGGUGGCCGGGCCGCCCUCCCCUGCUGGGGCCUCUGCGGAGCGAACGGCCUGCAGAGGAUGCGUCGGGGAAACCCCAGGACCCUGGACUGGCACUGCCGGUCGCCGUCGACCAACUUCCGGCGCCGCUCAGGGCCCGCGAUCGCGCCGUAGCCAGGCAACCAGCGCGCAGGCGCAGUAGGCCCUCGGCGGCCCGCAGCUCCUACCGCCCUCGGCGCAUGCGCCGGCGCCGCCGCCGCCUCCUGCCCUCCAGCCUCCCGGCCCAACGGAAGAAUGAGAGGAGCGCGCCCGCGUGAGGGCCCUGCGCUUCUCAGUGAGGCAGAGUAGCCGUUCUCGCUGCGUGAGCCUGCUAGCAUCGGUCCUGCAGACUGAUUUCCCCCUUGUGGCCUUGAGUGAAGAAUCCCAUCACUUCUCACAUCUUAAAACGAAAAAAGACUGGGAGAAAGAGCCAGCGUAACCAAGGCGACGUCCCGGGGCGGCCCCGGCGCGUCCGGCUGGGCAGGUGGCGAGGGGCGGGGCCAAGCGCUCCAAUUAAGGAAAAGCUGUACCCUGCUUCCUUCUGGAAGUAGCAUCUACUUGUGCAAGAGAGUAGCCAUGCAGCCGCCACCCCAGGCAGUCCCGUCUGGCGCUGCUGGGCCACCUCCAGCUGGGAACCCUCGGAGCAUGUUCUGGGCUGGCAGCCCUUACAGGAGGCGAGCGAAUAAUAAUGCACCAGUGGCUCCGCUCACUUGCCCGUUGCAGCCGGUGACGGAUCCGUUUGCUUUUAGUAGACAGGCGCUCCAAAGCACACCGCCAUUCAAAAGCAGCCCACCUGUCCUGCAGGGCCCAGCAGCCCCUGGGUUUUCUCAGCAGCCCGGUUUGCUUAUGCCUCACACGCAAGCCAGGGACGGCUCUCAGGGGCCCUGCGAGCCCCUGCCGGGACCUCUGUCACAGCCCAGAGCAGAUGCCACUCUGCUUUCUGGUGCAUCAGCAUCUUCAGCACCUCAUGGGCCUGAGCUGAACAGGAGUGCAGAGGGCGGUCCCAGGUCAGAGCCUGAAGUUCAGACCCUGCCACAUCCACCUCACUGCAUUCCAGGAGUGGAUCCUGAAACGUCUCAUGGGGGCCAUCCUCAGGGGAACACAUCUGGGCUUGACCGACCCCUAAGCAGGCAAAACCCACAUGAUGGUGUGGUUACCCCAGCGGCAUCGCCUUCCCUGCUCCAGCCUCAUCUGCAGACGCCGGGACAGUGGGGGCCACUGCAGCCCUCAGGGCAACAUCGUUCACCCUGCCCUGAAGGACCCACUCAGAGCGGGCUGCCUGGUGCUGCCAGCAUUCCUCAUUUCCCUACUCCGUCCAUCCUGCAUCAGGGCCCUGGUCACGAGCAACACAGCCCUCUAGUGGCUCCCCCGGCAGCUUUGGCCAUUGACGGAAGAGACGAGGUGGGCCAUUUGCAAAGUGGAAGCCACCUGGCCAGUAACUUUGACCCUGAAAAUACAUUCAGGCAAAAUCCUAGAAUUGUGAAUAAUUGGGCAAGCCCGGAGCUCAGGCAGAAUCCAGGAGUGAAGAAGGAGCACCGGCCCACCGGUGCUCUUGUGAACCCCCUUGCCCAGGGAGAUAGCCCAGAAAACCAAUCGCACCAUCCACUGGGGGCUGGGGCCAGCCGCGUCCCGCUGGAAGCAGACUCGGGAGCUCUGGCGAUGUUUUUCCAAGGGGGAGAGACAGAAAAUGAGGAGAAUCUCUCAUCUGAAAAGGCAGGCUCAUCUGGUCAAGCAGACUUUGACGAUUUCUGCUCCAGCGCUGGACUGGGCCGUCCACUCCCACCUGCACACAUGGAGGCAGGUGGCCUCUGUCAGGCCCUUCUCCCAGGCCCCAGCAGUGAGGCCACUGGUGAUGGGUGGGGUGAUGCAGCAGGCACAGGGGUGCCGGACACCAGUGGCUCGCAGUAUGAGAAUGUUGAGAACUUAGAAUUCAUUCAGAAUCAGGAAGUUCUGCCAAGUGAGCCCCUCAGUUUGGACUCUUCCUCCUCAAGUGUCCAGUUCAGAUGUGGGCCCCUUCCUGGGCCAGCGGUACCCAGGCAUGGUGCUGUGUGCCAUGCUGGAACCCCCGAUGCCACACUGCAUGUAGUGAACCCUGACGGCCUGGCAUCUGGCUAUAGCAGCAGAAGCCACAGGAGGCUUUCGGGCUCAGCCAGGCCCCAGGAACUGGUUGGCACGUUCAUUCAGCAAGAAGUUGGAAAACCCGAGGAUGAAGCUUCAGGUAGUUUUUUUAAGCAAAUUGAUUCCUCUCCCAUAGGAGGUGAGACAGAUGAGACCACUGUAAGCCAGAAUUACCGUGGCAGUGUGUCCCAGCCUUCAACCCCAAGCCCCCCAAAACCUACAGGAAUAUUUCAGACAAGUGCAAAUAGCUCUUUUGAACCAGUAAAAUCCCACUUAGUUGGGGUAAAACCAUUUGAGGCGGAUCGUGCCAAUGUGGUGGGUGAAGUUAGGGAGACCUGUGCCCAGCAGAAGCAGCGCAGACCAGCUGCCGCCCUGCCUAAUGCUUCCCCUGGCAACCUGGAGCAGCCACCAGACAACAUGGAGACCCUCUGUGCACCCCAGGUCUGCCCUUUGCCUCUCAGCUCUACCACGGAACCCGGGCACAUGGCUCCACAUGCAGGGGUGCCGCCAUUGGAUACUGUGUAUCCAGCCCCUGAGAAGAGGCCUUCGGCCAGGGCCCAGGGGCCUGGGAAGUGCGAGAGCCCAGCAACGACUCUGUGGGCGCAGAGUGAGCUGCCAGACUUCGGAGGCAAUGUCCUCCUGGCCCCUGCAGCCCCAGUGCUUUAUGUGCCUGCAAAACCUCAGCCACCUGAAGUUGUUCAGCCUCCAGAAGAGGCGGCGUCCGGGCAGCAGUCACAGAAGCCAAGCUUGGCGGCCCCUUUGCAGAGCCGAGGUGGCAUUGGUGCUUCCGAGAACCUUGAGAACCCUCCCAAAAUGGGAGAAGAGGAGGCCCUUCAGUCCCAGGCGAGUUCUGGUUAUGCCAGUUUGUUAUCCUCACCGCCCACUGAGUCUGUGCAGAAUCCGCCCGUCUUGAUUGCCCAGCCUGAUCACAGCUACCAUCUGGCUCAGCCCAUUCACUUUUCUGUGUCCUUACCGAACCCUAAUGAGAAGAAUCAGUCCUGGAGAGAGACUUUGGUGGGGGAUAGACCUGCAGUCAGCAGCUGGGCUCUCAGCGGUGAUUCUGGGGAGAACGCUUCUCUGUCUGGGAUUCCAACCAGCUCUGUGCUUAGCUUGUCUCUGCCUAGCAGUGUUUCCCAGAGUAAUUUUCUACAAGGUUCUGGUGCUUCUGAAAUGGUUUCUAAUCAGCCUGCCAAUUUGCUGGUUCAACCACCGUCCCAGCCAAUUCCAGAGAACUUGGUUCCAGAAAGUCAGAAGGAUGCUAAGGCAGGAAGUGCUCUUCCCGGGUUUGCUAAUAGCCCUGCAGGAAGCACAAGUGUGGUGUUAGUUCCACCUGCAAAUGGCACCCUGGUGCCUGAUGGUGAUAAGGCAAACCAUUCCAGUCAUCAGGAAGACACCGGCGGAGCCCUAGACUUUACCUUAGGCAGGGCUUCGGAAAACCCCUUGAGCAUGUACAGCCCGUCCCUUCCUGAAGGCCUCGCUUCUCAGCAAGCUGCUGCCGGUCAUCCCAGACAAUCUGGGCCCGGGGCGCCUAACCCGGACUGUUUUUAUCAGCAGGUCAUGAAAGACGCCCAGGGCCAGCAUGGCCUGGAAAAAGCCCAGCAGGAGCUGUUGCUGCCCCAGCAACGGGCUUCUUCCCCACAAGUGCCCAAAGCCAUGUUUUCAGAGCUGUCAAAUUCAGAAAGUCUGCCAGCACAGGGACAGUCCCAGAACUCAGUCCAGCCACCAGCAACUCUGGCUCCGGCCAACACGGGUCAGCAGCUGCCACCUCGGCUGCUUCAGCCUUCCAGUGCGUCGCUGGUGUCCGCCAGCUCCAGCCAGGCAGCCAUGCCAUCAGAGCAGCCGUGGCCACAGCCGGUCCCUGUGCUUGCUCCCGGCCUGCCGCCUCCGGACCUGGCCGCCUACUACUACUACCGGCCUCUGUACGAUGCCUACCAGUCUCAGUACCCCUCGCCGUACCCGCCGGAGCCUGGUGCGGCCUCCCUCUAUUACCAGGAUAUCUACAGCCUCUACGAGCCUCGAUACAGGCCCUAUGACAGCGCAGCGUCCACCUACACCGAGAACUACCGCUACCCUGAGCCUGAGCGGCCCAGCUCCCGAGCCAGCCACUCCUCAGAGCGGCCACCUCCCAGGCAGGGGUAUCCUGAAGGGUACUAUGGUUCCAAAAGCGGAUGGAGCAGUCAGAGCGAUUACUACGCAGGUUACUAUUCCAGCCAGUGCAGUUACGGAGAUCCAGGUCAGUGGGAUCAUUACCACUACAGUGCUGGAGUCAGGGACCCCCACACCUAUGACCGGAGGUACUGGUGCGACGUGGAGUACGACACGUACCGGAGAGAGCACUCUGCCUACGGAGACAGGCCUGAGAAACGUGAUAGCAACUGGAGAUACGACCCUCGCUUCACAGGGAGUUUUGACGAUGACCCUGAUCCUCACAGAGACCCUUAUGGAGAAGAGGUGGACCGGCACAGCGUCCACAGUGAGCAGUCGGCGCGGAGCCUGCGCAGCACACACAGUCUGGCCAGCCACCGCAGCAGCCUCAGCUCCCACUCACGCCAGAGUCAGAUUUACAGAAGCCACAACAUGACUGCCAGUUCCUACGAGGCCCCACUUCUUCCAGGCUCCUUUCACGGUGAUUUCGCCUACGGCCCCUACCGCAGCAAUUUCAGCAGUGGCCCAGGCUUCCCAGAGUUUGGCUAUCCUGCAGACACUGCCUGGCCUGCUGUGGAGCAAGUUUCAUCAAGACCAACUUCUCCUGAGAAAUUUUCAGUGCCUCAUGUCUGUGCCAGGUUUGGCCCUGGCGGUCAGCUUAUCAAAGUGAUUCCCAAUCUGCCUUCAGAAGGACAGCCGGCCCUGGUUGAGGUCCACAGCAUGGAGGCCCUGCUGCAGCACACAUCCGAGCAGGAGGAGAUGCGGGCGUUUCCGGGACCCCUGGGCAAAGACGACACCCAUAAAGUGGAUGUUAUUAAUUUUGCACAGAACAAAGCCAUGAAAUGUUUGCAGAACGAAAAUUUAAUUGACAAAGAGUCUGCAAGUCUUCUUUGGAAUUUUAUUGUUCUCCUUUGCAGACAGAACGGGACCGUGGUAGGGACUGAUAUUGCGGAGCUUCUGUUACGAGACCACAGAACAGUGUGGCUUCCUGGGAAGUCACCCAAUGAGGCCAACCUGAUUGAUUUCACGAAUGAGGCGGUGGAGCAGGUAGAAGAGGAGGAGUCCGGCGAGGCCCAGCUCUCCUUCCUCACUGGUGGUCCCAUGGCUGCUGCCAGCUCGCUGGAGAGAGAGACCGAGAGGUUCCGGGAGCUGUUGCUGUAUGGCCGUAAGAAGGAUGCUUUGGAGUCUGCCAUGAAGAACGGCUUGUGGGGUCACGCGCUACUGCUUGCAAGUAAGAUGGACAACUGGACGCACGCCCGAGUCAUGACCAGGUUUGCCAACAGCCUCCCAAUCAACGAUCCCCUUCAGACUGUCUACCAGCUCAUGUCCGGGCGGAUGCCUGCCGCGUCCACGUCCUGUGGAGAUGAGAAAUGGGGAGAUUGGAGGCCGCACCUCGCCAUGGUCUUGUCCAACUUGAACAACAACGUGGACGUUGAGUCCAGGACGAUGGCCACCAUGGGCGACACUCUGGCUUCCAAGGGCCUCUUAGAUGCUGCACACUUUUGCUACCUUAUGGCCCAGGUUGGAUUUGGGGUUUAUACAAAGAAAACUACAAAACUUGUCUUAAUCGGAUCAAAUCACAGUUUACCAUUCUUAAAGUUUGCGACCAAUGAAGCGAUCCAGAGGACGGAGGCCUAUGAGUACGCCCAGUCCCUGGGGGCCCAGACCUGCUCCCUGCCCACUUUCCAGGUGUUUAAGUUCAUCUACUCCUGCCGCCUGGCGGAAAUGGGGCUGGCCACGCAAGCCUUCCACUACUGCGAGGCCAUCGCGAAGAGCAUCCUGACGCAGCCGCACCAGCACUCCCCGGUGCUCAUCAGCCAGCUUGUGCAGAUGGCUUCCCAGUUACGACUCUUUGAUCCCCAGCUGAGAGAGAAGCCAGAAGAGGAGUCCUUGACCUCACCUGCCUGGCUGGUUCACCUGCAGCAGGUGGAGCGGCAGAUCAAGGAGGGGGCCAUGGUGUGGCCUCAGGACGGAGCCUUCCCACAGCAGUGUCCUGGCACGCCAAGCUCCGAGGUGGAGCAGUUGGAGGGGCCAGGAGUCAGUCAGCCGGUGGCCCUGGGGAUCGCCAACCCACUGCUGGCAGUGCCUGCACCGAGCCCUGAGCACUCGAGCCCAAGCGUGCUGCUGCUGCCCUCAGCUCCGCCAACGCUCCCUGAUGGCCCAUUGGCCAGUCCUGCCGGGGUGCCAAUGUUCCCAGUGUCACCGCCCCUGGGGCCCCUCGAGCCGGGUCCUGGCUGUGUGACUGCAGGGUCUGCACUUGGCUUCCCAGAUCCCUCCAGGCCUGAUCCUGCAACUCUGGGCCUGGGGCCUGGCCUGCCAUCUGGCGUGCCACCUCUCCAGGAAAGGAGACACCUGCUUCAGGAAGCCAGGAGCCCAGACCCAGGGUCGGUGCCGCAGGAUGUGCCUGUUGGAAACUCACUUUCGGAGCUAAGCGAAGAAAAUUUUGCUGGAAAAUUUGCGAAUCUGCCCCAAAUCUCCAGUGAACGCCCUCAUUCGGAGGUCCCCCCAGGGUGGGAUCAUGCUGACUCGGGUCCGACGCAGCCACCUCUGUCUCUCUCACCUGCUCCUGAAACGAAGAGACACGGACAAGCAACCAAGAAAGAGACAAAGGACACUAAGAAGAGUGAAUCCUGGUUAUCUCGUUUGCUACAUGGGAAGAGAAAGACAGAAGCUUAUUUGCCAGAUGACAAGAACAAAUCGAUUGUUUGGGAUGAAAAGAAAAACCAGUGGGUGAAUUUAAAUGAGCCAGAAGAGGAGAAGAAGGCUCUUCCCCCACCUCCAACCUCCUUUCCCAAGGCUGUGCCAGCUGCCCCGCCUGGCCUCGAAGGGCCUCCUGGAGGGCCCGUGAACAUGUUCUCUAGAAGAGCAGCUGGAACCAGAGCUCGCUACGUUGAUGUCCUGAACCCGAGCGGGGCCCAGCGGAGUGAGCCAGCGCUUGCUCCUGCGGACUUUGUCGCUCCGCUUGCACCACUCCCGGUUCCUUCUAACUUGUUCGUGCCGAGCCCGGAUGCAGAAGAACCACAGCUUCCAGAUGGGGCUGUCAGGGAAGGACCAGCACCAGCUAGGGGCCUGGCCAAUCCAGAACCUGCCCCAGAGUCCAAGGUUUUAAGUUCUGCAGCAUCACUUCCUGGCUCUGAGUUCCCCUCCUCCAGGCCCGAGGGGUCCCAGGGAGGAGAGGCUCCUGGUGACCCUGCUGCAGGGGGCCCUCCUGGCGGGGCCGUGCCCUUCUACAACCCUGCUCAGCCGGCACAGGCCUGUGGCACCUCUGGGAGCUCAAGGCUAGGACGGAUCAGCCAGAGGAAGCACCCGGUACUGAACUAGGCUCGCCCCACUGUGAACUUGCACUUGGAGCCCUGACACUGCUGUUCUCCCCAAGAACCCGACUGACUGCCGUGACUGCUGCCCUGUCCCCAGAGAGACACAGCUGUGAUGCCAAGCUGGUCGCACGUUGCACCUCCCGCUCCCCACCCAUCCUAAUGAAUUAUUUUGAAAAUUAAUUCCACCGUCCUUUCAGAUGCUGAUGGAAAGACUGAACCUUUGACUCAGAAGUGUCUGCCGAAAAGAAUGACGUGACUUUCUUAGUCACUUCGGGUGAUUGAAGGGUGUAGCAUUCCUGCUCGUUUAAGAAUGCUUCAUUCCCUGACGCUGAUGCUGUCUCUGCCACAGGAGAGCCACGUGCUCGGUGGUAACCACAGGCCUGCCUCUCCAAGCUCAGCUGUGAGUCCCGAGCUUCCUUUAAGGUGCCGGGACCAAAGAGCAACUGGCUGAGGGGGACCCCAAACCCUGCUCUGCACCAGCGGGGCACUCACCAUGUUUGGACCUGGCUGAAUGAGGGGAGGGCACUGUGUUCUCACUCAGCGUCUCGGAGGAGCCGCGGGGUUCGUUGAGUGUCAGUUCACAGCUUUUGAGAGAGGCCCUAGUUACUGAAGUGACUUUCUCUCCUGCUGCAAAGACAUUUCCAGCCUUGCUUUCCCUUCUGUGCCCUUAUUAGGACCAUAGGUGAUUCUGUGCACCCAAAGUGCUGGCCACCACCCACCCACCAGGUGUGGCCCAGUCACUGGGAAGGAGCCGACUGUCUGACGUGAUGGCUCCGGGUGGCCAUCUGGGGUGAAAACGCAACUGUGACGUUUGAUUUGGGCUUCAUUUUGCGUGUGGGAGCUGCUUAGACUCACUGUUAAGGAGGCUGGAUGCCGUUCUCUAAACGGCUGCCCUUCCCCCUUCCGUGAGCACUUUCCGUGCUGCAGGCCAUGUGACCCACUUUCUCACCCGGGGGACACUGGCUUAGGGGUCGGUAGCAUCUUGGGGACAGCAGCUCUGGCACCUGGUAUUUCUGUCCCGAUGUCCUGGUGGACUUAGCCCUGUGGAACUCAGAGUUCAACGCUGAUGCAAAGCUUUAAGGCUUCUCUGACUGUUCUGAAAACUGUUCAUAUCCUUGUUAUGUCUAAAGAGACAAAAGAUUUAAAUACUAAUAAAACUCAAUAGAUAAUUUCUGCGGGUUGGUGUUUUAAAUUUCAGUGUAGAAAUGGUAGAAUGUGGGAUCAGCACGGGCCCUUCCUGGCUUUCUGUUUCACUUGAUCAUUUAGCAGAGACCCCCAGGAUGUUUCACAGGCGUGUCUGCCUGAUCCAUUUGUCCUUGUCACUUGGAGAAAGGCCUGUCCCUGUGACGGGGCAGCCCGCUCUGUCCCUUGGUCAGCUCGUGUGGUUCCAGGGACCUCCUCCGGUCCGCCCUGCCUGCUGUUCUGGGGUCGACUGCCACGAUUUUUGAUUCAAGAAGCUUCCUCCAGGCGGAAGCAGCUAUUUUUCCUAAAUGCGAAUUGUUACAUUGCAAAUUGUUGAAUAAAAUAUUUUGCGCUCCUUCAA